AUGAUGAACAUUGGUACCCUAAAUAGCAGCAACAGGAAUAAUGUGUCUGCUACUUCAGGUAUCACUAGUGAUAUGUUACAACAAUCAAUUGGUUUGAACAGUAGGACUGCAGGUCCUCCAAUUCCGGGACUAGUAGCACCUUUAAAUGCAGAUUCUCAACAACAACAACAGCAACAACAACAACAACAACAACGUAUUCUAUUAGACCAGUUGACUAACCAUAAUGCUGUUGCUGCCAAUCAUAAUACUUUGGCCUCAAAUUCUGUUGUUACAAUGCCAUUACCUUUAGCUAAUGAUACCAUUAAUACAAUUUCUGCAAACGCCAAUAAUCCUAAUUAUCAUCCGCAUUUAAACGACAGGAAUCUCUUGAACAAUCCCUUUUGGAAAUUACAAGUGACUUUAUCAAACAUUUCAUUGAACACUUUAUUAUCUGGUCAAUCUAAUAUCUAUGCAAGACAAAUCGCAUUGCAGAAAAAAAAUGGCAGAGAUAAUUUAAUUGAUAUGAAAAAUGAUCUUUUAAAUAAUAAUAAUAAUAAUAAUAAUAACACUAAUAGCAACAACAAUAAUAGCAAUAUAAAUAUGAAUCUGGGUGAUUUAAGUGAUGUUACUCUUGUGGAUAAGACAAAACAAUUGUUAAUGGAUAUUGCAAUAGAAAAGGAAUCUAGUCUAAAUAAUAAUAGCAAUAAUAACAAUAAUAAUAAUAGUGGAAAUACUACUACAAAUAUGAAUGAUAGUAGUAUUAUUGUCGAUACAGCAACCACCACAGCUAACAAUAGUGCAGUAUCUACCCCAUUGAACACCUCUAUAGAUUUGAACAAUACAAACAUUCCACUACAAUUAACCUUAUUACAGAAUAAGAAACUAUCUCAGUUUAAUAUAGAUGAUGAAGAUGAUGAAAUUGAAUUUUUACUUAAUAAAGAAAUGGAAAGAGAUAAUAGUAAUAAUAAUAGUAAUAGUAAUAAUAAUAACAAUAACAAUAAUAUUAGAUCCCCUAAUACUAGCAACACUGAGAAUGAAAACGUUAAUGGUACGACUCGCACCGGCGCUGUCAUUACGGGUGGUGCAAAAACAACAAUAAAUGAUAUAUUGGCGAAAUUUAAAUACGACGAUCAGUUGUGGUAUUCAUUAGAUUUGUCAAAUUUACAAUUAUUAAAUUUAAGUAAUUCUCUUUUCAACUAUAAAUUUUUAACUAGAUUAUAUUUAAAUGGGAAUGGAUUAAUGUAUUUACCAAAGGAAAUUAAAAAAUUAAAUAACUUAAGGGUAUUGGAUUUAUCAAACAAUAAAAUUGCCAGUAUUCCAUCUGAAUUGGGAUUUUGUUUCAAAUUGAAAUAUUUAUACCUUUUCAAUAAUCAAAUUAACCAGUUACCAUGGGAGUUGGGAAACUUAUACAAUUUACAAUUCUUAGGUAUUGAAGGUAAUCCACUAGAUUCCAAGUUAUUAAAGACUUUAACUGAAAAAUCAAUGACUGGGUUAAUAUUUUAUUUAAGAGAUAAUAGGCCAGAGAUUCCAUUAAUAAAUACCAGAAAAUUUAUUGAAAUCUCAAAAGACGGUGAGCCAAUUCAUGAAUCGAAUUCAUUGGAAGAAUCUGAUCAAUUUUGGAAAUCAUCAAAUAAAGAUCCAGAUCUAGCUAAGAAAUCGUUUACAGUUUUGCAAUACAACACACUAUGUCAGCAUUACGCCACUCCAAAGAUGUACCGUUAUACACCAUCAUGGGCAUUAGCAUGGGAAUAUAGAAAAAAUAAAUUGAAAGAUCAAAUUUUGUCAUAUAGUUGUGAUAUCAUUUGUUUACAAGAAGUAGAAGCUAAAACUUACGAAGAGUAUUGGUCCCCACUAUUACAAAAAAAUGGAUAUACAGGUCUUUUUCAUGCUAAGACACGAGCUAAAUUGUUAGCAAACAAGGAUUCAAAGAAAGUGGAUGGUUGUUGUGUUUUCUUUAAAAAUAAUAAAUUUAAAUUGAUUAAAUUUGAGAAUGUUGAUUUCUCUGCUACAUGGAUGAAACAUAGUAAAUUUCAAAGAACUGAAGACUUCUUAAAUAGGGCUAUGAAUAAAGAUAAUGUGGCGUUGAUAACGAAGUUACAACAUCUUCAGACAGGUGAAACAGUUUGGUGUGUAACAACACAUUUGCAUUGGGAUCCAAAAUUUAAUGAUGUGAAAACGUUUCAGGUGGGUGUCUUAUUAGAUCAUCUACAAAGUUUAAUUAAAGAAGACAAUCCAAGACAAGAUAUUAAGAAGGUGCCAAUAAUUUUAUGUGGUGACUUUAAUUCGUAUGUGAAUUCUGCAGUAUAUGAAUUAUUGAGUACAGGAUCUGUCAAAAACCAUCCCGAUGGUAUCACCAAAGAUUAUGGGUAUAUGUCACAGGGUAAUUUUAGUCAUCAAUUAGCGUUAAGUUCAAGUUAUGGUUGUAUCGGUGAAUUACCAUUCACAAACUUCACACCAUCCUUUGUAGAUGUAAUUGAUUAUAUAUGGUACUCUUCGAACGCAUUACGUGUUAGAGGGUUACUUGGUAAAGUUGAUGAGGACUAUGUCUCCAAAUUUAUUGGGUUCCCUAAUGAACAAUUCCCAAGUGAUCAUUUACCAUUAAUUACUAAAUUAGAGUUUCUUAAAAAUAGUGUAAAUACUAGAACACAUCUUAAUAUAGGCGGUGGUAAUAAUAAUACUGCUGGGAUCUUCUCCAGCUCUACUAAUAACAAUAGCAAGAAAAAUAAUUAUAAUUAUAAUAGUCAUGGUUUGAAUAACGCUGCUGUUAAUAAUAGUGCACCAAUGGGCAGUAGAAAAGUGUAA